AUGUUCCUUUACAUGUCGUUUCACUCCAACACUAGAGCGAAGCUGGGAGUGCAUAUAAAUGACACGAUAGACGUGAUUUACUCCCUGCCCCGGCUGAAUGAUUUACGUCCGAUCGAUCAGCGCAUCGUCGCGAUAGAGGAGCAGCUCCGCUCGAAAGGAUACGACACGGAGCAGCUAGCAUUCGAGGUUGCACCCCCGUGCGAGACGAUGCUGGUGCACUGCUUCUGGCUAAUGCAACCGGUACAGUGUCGUACCCUGUUUCGGCGGACGAAAAUCUUCGCCGGCUACUGCUGCUCGUUCAAUGCGGACCGCUUUCUGGAGCCGGUGUUUACGCGCGCGAAGGAACCGGGCGAAGCGUCGCCCCAGGAAAGCCUCCACGUGACGGGCAUUGGCAAGGGGGAAGGACUUUCCGUGCUGAUGGAUAUCGGCGAGCAGUACUAUACCGCCUCGAACCGGUUCUCCUACGGCAUCGAGGUGUUUGUGCAUCGCUCGUUCGAUUUUCCCGACUUUUCCGACUAUACGACCAUCGUGCAGCGGGGCACCGAGACGGAUGUGUCCGUGCUGCCCACGCUCGUGACGGCGAGCCCGUCGCUGAGGAGCAUUGCGCUAGAAAAGCGUGGCUGUGCGUUUGAGGAUGAAGGUAAUAGUACGGUUGGCGUACCGUACACGUACAGCAACUGCAUGAACGAGUGUGAGCUGCGGUACACGGCCAGCGUUUGCCGGUGCAUUCCGCUGUUCAAGCAGACGGUCGAGCUGCAGGCCGAGCUGAAGGUGCCGAUCUGUGGGUUCCGGGAGCUGGGCUGCCUGCUGGAUUUGAAAGAUCGGGUCAGCUUUACCUCGGAGCAGGUGGCGGAGAUGAUCGGUACGGCAACGCAACGGUCCAUCAUUAAGUGUCGUUGCUUUCCUAGUUGUAAUAUAGAGAAAAACGAAGUCCACACCAUCACGAACUCUAUCUCCAACCCGAAGAAAGACUUUUACGUUUUCAACACAAGUCCAGAGUUUAAUUUUUCCGCAUACGGUGUGCUGCACGUGCACUUUCGGUCGACCAACUGCCUAAAGUAUAGGCGCGAACCGUUCGUCACCUGGCAGACGCUCGUCGCUACCUUUGGCGGCAUCCUGGGGCUCUGCUUUGGAGGAUCCAUACUAAGCCUGAUCGAGGGUUUGUUCCUUUUCGGCGUGAUUCCCUUCACGGUGUACAGCGCACUGAGAAACCGGAAUGGUAAAGCAGUUGGGCCUAAAGUUAGUACCAUUUCCUACGUGGACUACCCGGGCCAUCAGCCGAUGGGAUAUUUUAGGCGCAGGGAAGUUAUGGCCCGUGCUUUGAAUAGCAAUAGUGACCCGAUGUGGACGAUAGGGAACAGGAUCCAUCCGGACGCAAGGCGCUGGAAGCAGCACCAAAUUGAUGAGCUGAAGAUUAUACCAUAACGCAGCAAAGCAAAGGGUGGACUUAUUAAGAUUAUUGGAAACGAAAGGAUAGAUUUUUGAUGUUUGGAUAAGAUGUAAGGACAAUCGGAAUCAAUAUUUCAACUCAAACUGCCCAGAACACCCAUAUACGGUUAAAAACUAAAAGUACAAACUGUUAAAGAAGCUCGUUAAUAAUAAUUUAAAAUAAAAAGUUUGGUGUUUAAGAAAACACUACAUCCAUUCGGAAUAAAGAAGUAUA